GCGGAGUCGUCAAACUCGCGGCGGCGGCCCGGUGCCAAUAACCUUCCGCGCGGAGAGCACGAGCGAGCGAGCGAGCAGAGUCGGGAGACUUUUGGUUAAGCCCCGCUUCCACGCGCGGCGAUGAUGCGCUCGCCCUGGUCGCGCGCGACAGAUCGUAAAAUUAGAAGACGUUCGAAGCGCGGGGCGUGCGAGCGACGUCGCGAUCGCCUUCUGCGGUGCCGGUUUGCGACGAUACUCGACGGCCGAGAGUCUCGACGGAGGCUUCACGGGUGUGACGGUGCGCGUCACGAGAUAAGUGCGGUUCCGUAUAAGUUCCUCCCGCUGUGCGCGAGUGCGGUCCGGAAUUUGUGAGUUCGCGCGUCAAGCCGGAUCGCCGAUCGACUGAAGAAAGAAGGAAGGAAGGAAGGAGGUCGACCAGCUCGAAACAGCGUGAUUUGCAACUCGUCGCCGAGCGCGCGAGAGCGCAACCUCUUCUAGUCCGCUGCAUUUACGAGGGCACCGUCGUUUUUCCGCGGUCCCUGGAGAAUACAAUUAGUGGAAUUAUCGUUUCUCGUCCCGAGAGAAAGGCUUCUCUGGGCGCUCCUCGUUCGCUUCGAUUUGUUCACCUGGAGGAGUGAGUUCACGCGGUUGCUUCGUUAGUCCGAAUUUGAUUCAUCCGUAGCGCGCAGUCAUCCUGGAUCCUCGCCUCCGAGUCAACGUUGUCUUAACGGAGAAGCAUGUCUCCCGUAACAUCCGGAUUGUCCUUCGCGUCCGGCGAGAGCGCGAGGAUCACGCGCGUAUCAAGACACACGGAGGGACGCUGAUCGCGCGCCACGUGGAUUCGUCGACUGGACGAUACGCUCGCGCGUUCUCGGUGACGAACCUCGACGAGGACAGAUAGAACGGACGCGAAACAAAUGGGCACCAAUGACUAGUUUGGCCCUGUCGGCGGCGGCAAGCAGGAUCGAGAUGCCCCUCUCCAAAACGAAUCCGUUCGUGCAGGCGGGCGCGAUCUCGACACAGCCGUACAUCUCGAGCAGCGAGAGCAGCAACCACCUGCCGCCGAUCAUCAAGGGUACCGGGUUGACCGGCCUGAAGCAGACCGGGGGCGGCGGUGGAGGUGGAGGUGGAGGUGGAGGUGGAGGUGGAGGUGGAGGUGGUGGCGGCGACGAGUCGGUGCCUUACGUGGGUUACCAGAAAUUACCGUGGAAAGGCGAGAGCUACGGCCUGAGUAACUGGCCGGUGAAUUACAGUUUCAGUCAUAAUUCGCAUUCGCAACCCAACAGCCAGUCGAGCAGUCCAGUGGUGAGAAACGGCCGUUCCGACGGCAAUUCUAACAGCGGAGCUGGCCGUGGCGGUGGUGGCGGAGGAGGGGGAGGAGGAGGAGGCGGCGGCGGAAGUGACAGCGGAGGCGUUGGUGGUGGCGGAAGCAGCGGUGGCGGUGGAAGUGGCGGCGGUGGUGUCAGCAACAACAGCAUCGUCAGCGUGAAACCGAAGACGGCGACCAUCACGCCGGAAAUGGUAAUGAAGCUUUACAUGAACAAGCUGACGCCGUACGAGCACCACGAGAUCUUCAACUACCAGCAGAUCUACUUCAUCGGCGCGAACGCCAAGAAACGGCCGGGCAUCAUCGGCCGGCCGAACAACAACGAGUACGACAACGAACAGGGCUCGUACAUUCAUGUGCCGCACGACCACGUGGCUUAUCGGUACGAGGUUCUCCGCGUCAUCGGCAAGGGCUCGUUCGGUCAAGUGGUCAAGGCCUAUGAUCACAAAACGCACGAGCACGUGGCACUGAAGAUGGUGCGGAACGAGAAGCGCUUCCACCGUCAGGCGCACGAGGAGAUACGUAUACUGCGCAAGCUGCGCGAGCAGGACAAGGACAACACCAUGAACAUCAUCCACAUGUUCGACUCGUUCACCUUCCGCUGCCACAUGUGCAUCACCUUCGAGCUCCUCAGUAUCAACCUGUACGAGCUCAUCAAAAAGAACAACUUUAAGGGCUUCAGCCUGCAGCUUGUGCGCAAGUUCUCGCACUCGCUGCUCCUCUGCCUCGACGCGCUCUAUAAGAAUAAGAUUAUACACUGUGACAUGAAGCCGGAGAACGUGUUGCUCAAGCAGCAGGGUCGCAGCGGCAUCAAGGUGAUAGAUUUCGGUUCCAGUUGCUACGAGAAUCAACGGGUAUACACUUACAUUCAGAGUCGCCUCGGCUGCAUUCUGGCAGAGUUGUUCACCGGUUUUCCACUGUUACCAGGCGAAGAUGAGGCGGAUCAGCUGGCGUGCAUCAUCGAAAUGCUAGGCAUGCCGCCACAACGAUUGCUGCAAAACUCGAAACGGUCGCGUCAGUUCAUCAGCUCGAAGGGCUACCCGAAGUACUGCACCGCGACGGCAAUGCCGGACGGUACGACAGUGCUAAGCGGGGGUCUCUCGAGACGAGGGAAGCUGCGCGGCCCGCCGGGCUCGCACGAUCUCGAGCGCGCCCUGAAGGGUUGCGACGAUGUGUUGUUUCUGGACUUUCUCAGGCGUUGCCUCGUGUGGGAACCGGAAUGUCGAAUGACACCGAACAAAGCAUUAAGGCAUCCGUGGCUACGCCGUCGAUUACCGAGGCCACCGGGCGACAAGAACGACACGCUACCAGCGGUGACAUCGGCGCAACCCGCGACAACCGGCGGCGGUCCCACCCUGAGAACAUCCGCAUCCGGCAGCAGGAGUUCCAGCAAGACUAACAGUCUGCAGAGCAGCAAUAACACCAGCGACGACAUCUCAACGAAUAAAACAACGGCUCAGCAGACGAGAGGGAACCGUUUAGUAGAGGACAUGGUAUCGGCUUAUGCGGGUUAUUCGUACAAUACGUCCCAAUUACACGGUGGUACUUGGGGCACAACGGGGGGAUUAAGCAGUGGCCACCAAUCACUGAACUCCAUUAGCGGGACUGGUGGCGGCGGUGGCGGUGGCGGCAGGAGCUCCUCCAGCAAGACUAACAGUUUGCAGGGCGGCAAUAACACCAGUGACGACAUUUCCGUGAAUAAAACGACAGGUCAGCAAAGGGGUAACCGUUUGGUCGAGGACGUGGUGUCCGCUUACGCGGGUUACUCGUCAGCGUACGGCGCGUCCCAACUGCACGGCAGUACUUGGGGCACGACGGGGGGACUGAGCAGCGGCCACCAGUCGCUCAAUUCCGUCAGUAGCAGGAGUUCCAGCAAGACGAACAAUCAGUUGCAGAGCGGUAACAAUGCAUCGAGCGGCGAUCUUUCCGCGAGCAAGACCGAACGUCAGCAGCAGAGAGAGCGCACAAGCGAGUUGCCGGUAACGAUCUUCGAUCCCUACCCACUCGGGUCUUACGGUUGUCUGUCCGAGUCCCAAUUGCAUAGUAGUCAUCGAUCGAAUCAGAAUAGCAGCCAUCAGUCGCUCAAUUCUGUCGACGGUGCGACGACCGGCAAGUCGCAACGCGCUCGUCAGACGCACCAGACGCAGCAGCAACAGCAGCACAAUAACAAUGGCGCGUCGCACGACAGUUACGGCUCUCACGGCUCCUCGAGCAGCUCCAGCCGGUUGGUACUCUCGUUCCAACCGGGGAUCCAGGAGAUCCUCGAGGAGUUGAGACGAUAGGCCAAGACGUGACGCCAGUCGUCUCUUUCUCCUCCCUUCGGUUCGCUCGUUCGUUCGCUGCCGUUCUAGGCAUUGCUACUGACGAGCGUUUCGUCAUGAAACGGUCGCGCGGAUUCCUCAUAGAUGGAAGGGAACGCAUAAUGUAAAGAUAAGGAUGAUCCGAUCCCGGUCACCUAAUAACGUGAAACUCGGCUGUGUCUCGCUGCCUGCCGUUCGGGCGACCGUCUGACUGCGCCACCUCGACAUGGCGUCGAGGAAGGUUACUUGCGGUCGAAAGGGUGGGUGGCUGUCUUAUCAUCGAUCUCGGAUACCGCUGUGAUUCACGCGUCGCGUUUCUACGGUCGCUGUGGUUGACUCGAUGAGACUUGAAUCGGUUAUAAUUUGGUGAAAAGAGGCGAGAUCUAUUUUCUAUGAAAUACGCUGCUUGUAGGUUGAAGGUAGAGUGUUUAUCUCUUAAAAUUAAAAAGCGAACGUCUAACGUUAUCGAUGGAAUUGAAGACGUUUAACGUUAUCGAUGGAAUUGAAAACGUUGAUUGUGAAGAAAAAUCGUACGAGUCCGAAAAAAAAAGAUUGAGCGAAGGAAGGCUUAUUUUCGCGGAUUUGUCACCAAUGUUAUAACCAAUAUUAUAACUUUCAUGCCUCACGCCUAGCCUGGCGCUACAAAGUCGAUUGCGCGAUAAAUCUCGAAAUCGUACCUUCAGCCACGGCGACAUCGUCUCGCGUUGCUCUCUGGUCCGCUCGUUUCGGGGUUCAUUCCCAUUGCCAUUGCCUUCGCCGUGAAAAUAUGCGGUCGGUACGCUUUUCAAUAAGAGACGAAUUUUUCCGCUAUGACAAUACCUUAAGAACUCUAGCAAAGCGUCAGAAAUCCGCGUAAAUAGAGUAUAGAGCGAUUCAACACGCGAUUGUGCGUCUUAAAACACUCGUCGUCGAGUCCUUUGCGGAACGUACAAUCAUGGAGUCAAAGGACCUUUUCUUCUUCUCGAAACGUGCCGGAAAUCGUGAGGACGAUCUCGACAUUCGACACAACUCGACUAUAUGAGGCACUCAUUCACCGCUCGGUUGUGUUUCGCCCUUUGUAAAAUUGGAGUUUACAUUUUAUUCAAGAUGAACGAUGAAACAUGAAAUCCAAUUUUUCCAGAUCUGUGUAACAAAUCGACUGAUCGAGGAUAAGUAUAGAGACGUAUGUAAAUAUUACUGUCAGCUUUGUUGCAAUGCAUAAUACACGAAUCAUUUAUCCUUCCUCGUUGGCGCGACGUAUUUUCUUCAACACAAUCGAUUUCACCGGAGAUGAGACGACAGGCCGUGUCGGAUUAAUCGCAAACAGAAGUCAG